AUGGGAAGAGGCUGUGUCUCCUCCAUUCAGAAAAUGCGAGACAAAAGCGAAUUGAUAGAACAGGAUGGGUCCAGCAGCGAAUCCAGCGAAUGUGGGGAUCGUAUUGUCCCACCUGAUGGCGGCUGGGGAUGGAUGGUUGUCUUGUCUUCGUUUAUGAUCCAUGUCAUUGCUGAUGGGAUCGUGUAUUCCUUUGGGGUUUUCUUGAUGGAAUUUGUGGUGUACUUCAAGUCUGGCCGCAGUGCCGCGUCGUUGAUUGGUGCCCUGCAGCCAGCAGUCACGUUUACCGUUGGUGUUGGAUUUGGCCUCAUUUACUUGCCAGCAAUCGUUUGUGUUGCCCAAUAUUUCAACAAGCGACGCUCCUUUGCAACUGGGCUGGCCGUGUGUGGGUCUGGCUUUGGCACAUUCAUCCUGGCACCUAUCAUUGAGAUGCUGGUGCAUGAGUUUUCCUGGCAAGGCGCUAUGUUAAUUCUUGGGGGCGUCAUUCUCAACGUGACCGUCUGCGGGGUGAUUUUUCGUCCACUGAAGGCUGGCACAGGUUCAAGGAGGAAAAUGUCACCAGAUUCUGAAGUUGAAGCACUGACAAGCAACGCCAACAUAGCGAAAUCUGUUCAACGAGAGCACAUAAAUAUGAGCUACGUAAUAAAAGUCGAAGACUCCACUGUCGAAAAUGAUAUUACCGAGAGCAAAUAUCCAAAUAAGGAGGAUGUACCAUACACUAAAAAAGUCCUUACAAAUCCUCGAAAUGUCAACAUUAAUAAUAUCUUUCAAGGCCGGGCCACUAGUUUCCAAAUGGUAUUUAAGGACUUACAUAACUUCAGCAAUAACAGUGACCAUCCGUCCACAUCUACGUUUACAGGAGGGGCGGAUAGAGAAUCACUGGAUUCAUCUGAAACAAGUAGUACUGAGGAAAGAAGAGAAAGCUCACUGACUUCUGAGCAUGAUCGAUUUCAGGGUUUUAAAAAUCGGAAUCAUUUCUACGAACUAAAACAUACCGGAGAUCACAAUCUUGAGCGUUCCCACAGUGUUGACCAGCUGCUUCAGGCUAAACACAAUCAUGGUUUCAAUACUAGACCUCGGUAUUCUCAAAGCGCGCCGUUACCUAGCAAAGACAUCCCGUAUUUCAGCGCCUUAAACAACGUCCACUUAUACCAAACAAAAUCCGAUAUCUACACAAGAGUAACAUCCGUUCCAGACCAUAUGAUACCAAGCAUGCGCGAAACGGGAGACAAGAAAUACAGAGGAUGUUUAAUGUUAUCUCAAGAUCUCUGUGGUGCUCUGAAAGGCAUGAUGUCUUUCUCUUUACUCCGGAAUCCCGUUUUUCUAAUGUUUGCUGUGUCAAAUUUCUUAACCAGCCUAGGAUUCAAUGUGCCUUUUAUCUUUCUGCCAGAUCGUGCCAAGCUUGCUGGGAUUGAUGAAAAGAAUGCCGCAUUGCUACUGUCCUGGAUCGGCAUUGCCAACACCGUGGGCCGAGUCGUCUUCGGGUUUCUGUCUGACCGGCCAUGGGUCAACCGGCUAAUUCUUUACAGCACAGCAUUGACCAUCUGCGGUGUGGUCACUGCUUUGAGCCCGUUGAUGGGCGGCGACUACGCUCUACUGGUCACUUAUGCUACAAUUUUUGGUGUUUUUAUUGGUGUGUAUGUGUCUUUAACUUCUAUAGUACUCGUCGAUCUACUGGGGCUGGAUGCCUUAACAAACUCAUUUGGACUGUUGCUGUUAUUUCAAGGGGCGGCAACUUUUGUUGGGCCUCCUUUUGCAGGCUGGCUGUGUGACUGGACCGGAAGUUACGACAUUUCUUUUAUUGUAAUGGGAUCCCUAAUUGCCGUGAGUGGCUCCAUGAUAUACUUCUUGCCAUUGGUGCAGCGAUACUACGUCCGACAGAUCAUUAACACCGUCUUUGACAAUGCCAAUGAACUUGACCAAAAACCCACUCUUCCUAAAAAGGAGAACAUCUUCAACCAGAGCCAGACUGUGUCUGUGGUUUGGGAAACAACAUAG